AUUGUGCACGAGUACAAGCCUGCUGUCAUAUUCAGACUGGGGAUAACUUCCCGAGAAGCCAACGGACCAGGAAUCUUCUUCAUCAACCCCUGUAUGGACACCUUUGUCAAAGCGGAUCUUCGAACCAUCUCAUUUGACAUCCCUUCCCAGGAGAUCUUGACCAAAGUCUCAGUGACAGUUUCUACUGUGGAUGGCGUUGUGUACUUCCAUGUAAAUGGCUCUGUAGCCAAAGUGGCAAGCGUGAGUAAUGGAUAUUACUCCACUCGUUUAUUGGUCCAGACCACCUUGAGAAACGUCCUGGGCACCAAGAACCUGGCUGAGGUCCUUUCUGACCGAGAAGGCCUCUCCCAAAGCAUGCAGGAGGGUAUGACUCUAGAUGAGCCCACAGUCAUUCAGGUGGAGCGGGUGGAAAUUAAAGAUGUUAAAAUGCCACAGCAGCUGCAGAGAGCAAUGGCAGCGGAAGCAGAAGCAGCCUGUGAGGCCAAAGCGAAGGUCAUUGCAGCGGAGGGUGAGAUGAAUGCAUCCAGGGCUCUGAAAGAGGCAUCUCUAGUGAUCGCAGAGCCUCCAUCCGCCCUUCAGCUCAGAUACCUACAAAUCCUCAACACAAUCACAGCCGAGAAAAACUCCACUAUCUUCUUCCCGCUGCCCAUGGACGUCAUGAGCCACUGCAUGAAGAAAUGA